UUUCCUUUUUAAUUCCCAUUUCCCUUAAAAUUGUGUUCAAAUACGAUGGAAGUGGAUGCUGCGGAACCGAUUUCCCACACGCUUCAGGCGCGUUUUGUGUCGGACACUGGCGAAGAGGCCGGCCCUCCUCUCGAUCUUCCAAUAAACGUGACCAAGGAACAGCUCGGGUUGAUUUGUAACGCUCUGCUGAAGAACGAGGAACAAACGCCGUACCUGUUUUUCGUGCACGAUGAAGAGAUCAAACAGUCCAUCCAGGAGACGCUGGAUCAGAAAAAGCUGAACGUGGAAGAUGUGCUGGAUAUCGUUUAUCAGCCUCAGGCCGUAUUUCGGGUGCGUCCGGUUACACGGUGCACGAGCACGAUGCCUGGCCACGCCGAGGCUGUCGUUUCGCUUGCCUUCAGCCCGAACAGCGUCCACUUGGCCAGUGGAUCAGGUGACAAAACGUUGCGCCUUUGGGAUCUGAACACCGAAACCCCACACUACACCUGCGUUGGCCAUCGGCAGUGGGUGAUGUGUGUAGCUUGGUCUCCGGACUCGUUGAAGGUAGCGUCGGCCUGCAAGGCGGGUGAGAUUCGCAUCUGGUGUCCGGAUACGGGAAAACAGCUUGGACGACCGCUCGUUGGACACAAGAAGUGGAUCAGCUGCCUUGCUUGGGAGCCCUACCACCGGAACGUCGAUUGCCGCUUUUUGGCCAGUGCCGGGAAUGAUAAUGAUGCGCGUAUUUGGGACGUGGUUCUUGGUACAUGCGUUCGUGUGAUCGCUGGUCAUACGGCACCGGUUACAGCGGUCCGUUGGGGUGGCACAGGUUUACUCUACACUUCAUCUCGAGAUCGUACGAUCAAGAUGUGGCGCGCGGAGGACGGGGUGCUGUGUAAAACCUUCACCGGUCAUGCGCACUGGGUGAACAACCUGGCACUCAACACGGAUUACGUGCUACGCACGGGACCAUUCCAUCCUGUUAUGGACAAGACACGAAUGUACGGCGUGGCUGAAGGCGACAAAACGGCUCUGCGACAGAUGGCUCUCGAGCGUUUCGAGCAAGUCUGUCCGGACGGUGUGGAGUCGUUCGUUUCCUGUUCCGAUGACUUCACCCUGUACUUGUGGCGCUCAAAUCAGAAGCAGUUCAUCACGCGGAUGACUGGCCAUCAAAACGUGGUCAACGAUGUCCGAUACUCGCCCGAUGUUAAACUGAUUGCGUCGGCAUCGUUCGAUAAAUCGGUUCGUCUUUGGCGAGCAAGCGACGGAGCAUUCAUCUGCGCAUUGCGUGGCCACGUGCAGGCCGUCUACACGGUAGCUUGGUCCGCCGAUUCACGCCUAGUGCUGAGUGGCAGCAAGGAUUCGACCUUGAAGGUGUGGAGUGUGAAGGAACGCAAGCUGGCACAAGAACUGCCCGGACAUGCCGAUGAAGUGUACGGUGUGGAUUGGGCUCCUGACGGUUCCCGGGUGGCAUCCGGCGGCAAGGAUAAGGUUCUCAAGCUGUGGGCAUACUGAACGGAUGGACGAGUUCUCCUCGGAAGCUUCAUGGCUCACGCAAGUUGAAAAGGAUAAAGUUUAUUGCCACACUUGAACCAGAGUUUUCGAAUUGUUUGUGUUAAAUCGGUGUACUC